CGCUAACCUUACUCGCUCAUCAAAACUGCCCACUCAACCGCGCUGGAGGAUGUUGUAACCCCCAAAAUCCCCAAGAUCAAAAGAUCGACGCCGCAAUGCUCCCCGCCAACUGCAAUGCUCCCCGCCAACGUAUCACAUCCUCUACCCCGCGUGCUGGCUGUUCACCAAAACACCAUAAUCACAAGUCUUGUACCGUCGCCAGCGCAAGCCCUCAUCAUCCGAAAUGGACAGUACCAAAGCCGUCGGAACGAACCCCAUCGUCGGACCCAAAGUCGAGUACCUAGGCCUCCAGAAGGCGGACAACAGCUGCUCGCAUCGCGACCUGGGCUUCACGGGCGCCAUCGCGGGCAAGUGGUACGCCGUCUGGGGCGACGUGCUCUGGUGUGACGAGGGCGUGACGGAUCCCGAGAACGACACGCCCGGCUUCCACGGCAUGGUGCGCGACGCCGUGUCGGCGAUGACGGACGACCCGCUGCUGGUGCACGAUCUAAAUCUCGGUGAUAACCAGCGGCAGAGACAGUUUAUCCCAUUCAAUCCUUCCUGGGGAGAAAGGUUCGAUACCGGGUUUGGCGGCACGAGCUUGGUUGAGACCGACGCCGCCGCUGGAACCGGAGCCGUCUUCUACUUGGUUAACCAAAACGCGGCAGGUCUCAUCGGCGCCGGCAUCGCCCAGGUGAACGUCAUCAACGGCACGCCCGUGGUGACCAAACGCUACGGCGAAAGGGGCUACUGGUGGCCUGCUGCCAGCAACCCACGAUACGGAGAUAUCGCAGCGUUCCGUGAUCCGCUGUCAGACUGGAUAUACGCCUGGGGCGGCCCGCCGACGACCGUCCUCAGCAGCGACUGGCUCCAGAAUAGCUACGUCUACAUGGUUCGCGUCAGGGCCUGCGAGGCGUUCGACCUGUCCAAGUACGAGUACUGGUGGGGCCGGCAACGAGGGUGGAGGAUGGACCGGUUGACGACUUUCACGCCCGAGACGGCCACCGUAUGGGGCACUGGGCAGGGGCAGGUUGUGUGGAAUGAUUUCUACCAUUGCUACAUCUUUGUUCAUCUGGGAAUUGGUGGUGGUUCCGUCUUUUUGCGGACGGCUCACAGUCCAGAGGGCCCCUGGACCCCGGACCUCAAGAUAUUCGAGGCCCAACCCAUCGACGGUGGCCUGGUUUACGCUGGCGUUGCUCAUCCGUACCUUGAUGAGUCUGGGAAAACGCUGGUCAUAUCCUUCACGAACAACAACAGGAUCCAGGUGAUCAGAGUCACCUUCUCAAAGUGAGGAACGAGGCAGUGCAACACUGAGAUGACAAGGUGAUUCAAUGAUUUCAUCUCAUUAUUUCAAAGUAUGGGAAUCAUAAAAUACAGGGCUCAAAGUCAUGCUAGCUUGAAAUCCGCCGAAUAUUUGGCACCGGAAGCGGCCUCGGUUCUAAGUAGGUGAAAGGGCAGUGGUGCGUCAGACUUUAAGCAAUCUGCGGUUCGGGCAGGUUCCUCCAGUCGUUUCGGUUGGUUCGUGUCGGAACAGAGAUGUGAUCUCCAUUGGCCGUCUUCUUCAACCUUUCUGGCUCCCUAGAAAGGGAGAUUAGAGUCACCGCACCCCCUGUAUUUCAGCGUGAAGUUGAUCGUCAGCAUCUAUUGCGAAUAAGAAGUUUUCAAGGAUGAGUGGGUGCCAAUCAAACCUGGGAGCUAUCAUUUCAAUUUUCUUGGGACGGCGAGUGACACAUAGUCAAUCUCCAAUUAGAUGCGGUCUGGCGGC